AUGGCCUUCUUCGACUUUGAAGAAUUGGAAGUCCAAGUGCCUGCAUCAGAUGUCAAGCCAGAGGCACCUGUCAAGCCAGAAGUCAAGGCACUUUCUAUGGCUUGGCUUGCAGAAGCCAAAGAGAUUUCGAAGACUGCGAAGCAGCCUUCCAGCUUGCAACCAGAAGAGGAAAAGUGCCAGGGAAUUCUUCAGAUUCCCAGAGCAGUGACCAAGUCCCUGGAUGCGGUGGAGGUGACUCUGAAGAUGUAUCAGUCCAAUGAUCGAAACCUCAGAAUAUCUUUACAGGCCACUGUACAGGAGCUGCAUCAGCACCUGGCGCCGGUCUUUGGGUCUCUUCGCCUCACAGGAGCUCAACUCGGUGCACGGGAGCGAUUUCAACGCCGUGAAAAGGGCUGGGCGCUCGAAGGACACCAGGCCUUGAGACCUUCAGAUCAGCUGAAGAGCCUUCCGUUCAGUGCUGUACUGCUGUCCCUUGGUCGUGUGCAUUGGAUCUUUCUGGAGGCGAGAUCAAAGACUGCUGACACUCCUAUCACUGCAGCUGUCGCAGCUGCCGUGGCUGAGCAGAAAUGUGAGAUCAGCCCAAGCGAGUCGAGAGAGUCAAAGCUGAAAGAGCCAAAGAGCAAAUUCUCCAUGAAGGGAAGUCGAAGGAUCAAGGCGGAUGCAGAUCAUGGAGUCAAUCUGCCAGAAGACCUCCUUGCACAAGCGCUGGAGAUGGAGCUGGAGAUUGACGGUCGCCUCCGUUUACAAAGAGACAGCGCAAGUCAGCUUCAUCAGCUUGAAGUGGCUCACGGCAUUUUUAGUUGGAGCACUACCCGUGUCUUCUUGGUAGAUGCCCUCAACGAGGUGUUGGCGCAAGUGAAACAAGCAGUUCAAGGGAGCUCGCUCUACUCGAAGGAGCUGCUCAGAGUUGGCUUCGCGCUGACAUUGCUUUGUGAGGCACUCCAAGGGCUUGUGCUGGAGCAGAACCAGGUGCGCAUUUUACACAUGACAUGGUAUAGUAAUACUUACUGUAGUAAUGUACAGCAUAUAUACACACAUGGUACAGAAAUGAUACACAUACAUACGGUAUACAUUCUGUAUACUGUUUUUAUUUGUGUUUUCCCAAAAAACUAA